ACACUCAUCGAAUCAAUGAUUUACCAAAUGUUUAUUAUUUGCCACCGACGAGGGAGGUAGAAACAGGAAGGGAUCGGCAAGAAGAGUAUAAUGUUUGGGGCUCCUGUUUUGAAUUUUGAUCGUGCAGAAAAUUAGGGCUUGGCUUCAGCUUCCGGUCCCCGUUGAAUUUGAGGUGCAUUUGAGAGAGCAAGACCAUUUGAUAUCAUGGACAACCGAAAUGCUGCUUACCAUCCAUGUCUGAAGCCAGCGGUUGUUGUAACUGGAACAGCAAAUGAAGGUACUGCUGGACCAGCUAUUGGUCAUGUUGACAUUGGCGUGAGUGAUGCAGCUUACUUAUUUCGAGUUGCAGUUCCUGGUCUUCGGAGGAAACAAAGUACAGUGAAAUGCAUCAUCGAAAGUGACGGGAAGGUCCAUAUCGAAGGAGUUAUGACAGAGACCGGACUUGUUUUAAACUCAUCAACUGUGUACCAGAUGAAAGUCCAGCAACUAUGCGGAGCGGGAUCAUUUACCAUCUCUUUUAAUCUUCCUGGAACUGUUGAUGCUCGGCUGUUUUCUCCUGUUUUUCGGCCAGAUGGAAUCCUUGAAGUGGUGGUUAUGAAAUCGAAAAUGUCUCAGGAAGUCCUCAAGUUCCCUUCUCAUGGCAGAAAGUCUUCCCCUGUUGAGUUUCCUCAAGUAACCGUCUGAUGUAAAGUUUCUGAAAGGGAAGUCUGUUUUGUUAUGACAUACCUCUUUGCUUGCAAGUUAACAAUGUGUAUGAAUACAAGUCUUCCCCUGUCAAGUUUCCUCAAGCAACCGUCUGAUGUAAAGUUUCUGCAAGGGAAGUCUGUUGUUAUGACAUAUUUGCUUG